AUGCCUGCUUACGAGGACUCUGACUUCGGGGUUCAGGCUCCCACGAGCCCUUCGCAGCUGCGCAAGAACAGCCAGCUCCCCAUUCCUGGCCAAGACGAUGAAGGUCCCGUCGAGGUCCCCGCCACCCGCUCCUCCAUCUCUGAGGCUCAGAAGUACAUGCACAACCUGAGCGUCUCGCCCUCCAUGAAGGAGAGGAGGGCCUCGCGCAACUCUUUCGGCGCCGCUCUUCCCAUCCCCAGGUCCAAGAGGCAGUCUCGCCUGUCCUCGGUCCACUACCCUGAGGGCGAGCGCCCGGCCCGCCCCGGCAUGCCCGCGAUCCAACCCACUCGCGAGCUGCUUGCCUCGCAGGUGCAGAGCAUGUCCUCGGAGAAGGUCAAGAAGGCCAAGAACAUGGCUUUCGCCUUCGACAUUGACGGUGUGCUUGUUCACGGUGACCGCCUGAUUCCUGAGGGCAGGAGGGCGCUGCAGAUUCUGAACGGCGACAACGAGCUUGGUAUCAAGAUUCCCCACAUCUUCCUGACCAACGGCUCUGGCAAGCCCGAGACUGCGCGCUGCGAGCAGCUUUCCAAGAUUCUCGAGAACCCCGUUUCGACCGACCAGUUCAUUCAGUCGCACACUCCCAUGAGUGCGCUGUCCGAGUACUACAACACCGUCCUGAUUGUUGGUGGUGAGGGCUACAAAUGUCGUGAGGUUGCCGAGCAGUACGGUUUCAAGGACAUUGUCGUGCCCAAUGACAUCGUCGCUUGGGACCCCACGAUCGCCCCCUACCGCGUCUUCACCGAGGAGGAACGUGCGACGUCCCGCCCACGUGACUUCAGCAAGACCAACAUUGAGGCGAUCAUGGUCUUCUCCGACUCCCGCGAUUACGCCACCGACAUGCAGAUCAUCAUGGACCUUCUCCGCAGCGAGAACGGCCGCCUGGGCACCAUGGCCAAGGACCCCGUUUCCCAGCGCAUCCCCAUCUACUUCUCCCAGGGUGAUCUCCUCUGCCCCUCGGAGCACUGGACUCCCCGCAUGUCCCAGGGUGCCUUCCGCAUCGGUCUCGAGGCCAUGUACAAGGCGCUCACCGGUGCCGAUCUUGAGCGUGUCGUCUACGGUAAGCCUGAGUUGGCUACCUACAAGUACGCUGACGAGGUCAUUGCCUCCUGGAUGGAGCAGAUCCACGGCGAGGAGAGGUUGCCCGAGAACAUCUACAUGAUCGGUGACAACCCGGCCUCGGACAUCAUCGGUGGCAACAUGUACGGCUGGAACACCUGCCUGGUCCGCACUGGUGUCUACCAGGGCGAGGGCAACGAUGACGAGAACCCGGCCUCGGUCGAUGUCUUCGUCAACGUCCUCGAGGCUGUCAAGACCGCCCUCAAGCGCGAGCUGGGCGACGACUUCAAGUUCGAGUUUGACGACAAGAUCAACCCCGUUCUGCACAACGAGGGCUCCGCCAUCGAGUAA